AUCUCACCUCCAAAUCACCAAAUGUAUAGAUGUCAAUUUUCCUUGUCUUUUCAGUCCAAGUCCCAACCAUCUGAAGUCUCAACAUCCAUUCCCUUUUUCUUUAAUCCCAAUCAAUCUCUGUUCUUUAAACCCAAUUCCUCCUUCCUUCAAAACCCAUCUCUGUAAAUCCCACUUCACACCAAGAAGAUCAUGCACAAUUUUGGAGAUGAACUCACUAUAGAAACCUACAGAGUCCCCUGGCUGAUAUGGAUCCAGGUCAUAGUGAUGGUCCUCCUCCUCCUUCUACUCUACUGCUUCAGCAUAUUGGUCUUGGAUCUCCCAGAUGACAACAACACCACCAAGCCUUCUUCUUCGUCCAACUCUCGUUUGUUUUCAAGUCACAACUUCACCUCCACAAAUUCUGCAAACCGUUUACAGAACACCCAGGUAGGAGAAAGUAUGAAAGGCGAGAUAGUACCGAGCACCAGUAGAGUAAUGAGAGCAGAGGACAUGGUUGAAAUGGAGGACUCUGCAACACCCAACAUAUAUCUCCACCCAUGCUAUUAUUUUAGACUUGCGAGGGUUGCAUUUCUUAAGUGUCUCGGUUUGGACCCUAGCGGUGAAAAUUUAUCAACCCCACAGAGAGGGAAGAGAAAAGAAAGCUGAUAUGAAUUCCAGUACUCCCACAGAAUGGAGAUUUAGCUUUUUCGGGUUUAAUGUUGCAAGUUGGGGAGGACACUUCUUAUGUCCCAUGAACUUGAAGCAAAGCUUGCCUACAAAAACUGGUAUCGACCGACAAAUACAAACCAAUUGUGAAGGUUGUGGCAGCAUGAGAGAGUGUAGAAGUCUAGGAGGCAUUACAGAUCUGAGUUGAGGCAUUACAGAAUUUAUUGAUUCACUCAAUUGUAAGCAUAUAUCACAUUGAUUGUAAAUGGUAUUUGAGUGAUUGUAGGACACCAUUGUUUGGGAAUAAAAUAUGGCUGUACUAAAAAGAAUAGUGAUUGAUUUUGUUGCU